AUGCAACUUCGGUUGGUGCUUUUGGCGGUGCUUUCGUGCCGACGAAGGAAGAAACGACUACGAUCAGGCAGGUUUCGCCGACUUUUUUUCGAGAAGGUAAUAGCCAAAAAAAAAACACUGUUGGAUGCAUUGAUGGAUCUGAACCUCUGCCUUUACAGAUUGCUUGCGAAUAUUGGCCCCGAAGUGAAUAUUCAUACAGCAACCAGUGAACGUAAGCUCCUACUUUGA